UUACUACUUACUGCCCACGAGUUCAACUCGCUCCCCCCCCCCCCCCUCCCCUCUUUUUAUACUCCACCCCUCCGGCCCUCCAGCGACUCUAACCAUCUAACUGCAACCCAUUCUUUGAUACUUCCCCCUCCCCCGACCUAGCGUUACCUUGUACAAAUGCACCGCCAACGGAUUGACGACCGUCGUCGUCUGCCUGCAAAUUUGACUUAUCCUCGUAGAUACAGCCCGAAAUCGAGUUAUACACAAGACGUCAUUCGAUCGUCCUCGCGCUCGUCUGCCAGUAAACCUCUCGACAGGCACGCUACGGCCAGCGCUUCCAGUAGCAAUAAUAGUCUUCCCACAGAAUCGGCACUUUUGUCAUCAUCCUCGGUAUCUUCAUAUUGCAGUCAUAAACAACGAAAGAGUGCUAGCAGGUCUACUGCUCCGUCUUCCUCGUCGUCAUCAUCUUCAUCUCCAUCUCCAUCUCCUAUCCGACGUGAGAGUCCGCUGGUUACGUCUAUACCUUUACCGUCGGUUCCGCAGAUCCCACUCUCAUCCCGAAGAUCACAUCCUUCCAGCUCCACUCCUCCUAAACUUUCUGCAUCAUCAAUAUUGUCAUCGUCAUCGUCAUCGCCAUCUCCAUCUCCAUCAUCAGCGUGCCCAACAACUAACAAUCACCGGAGUCAAAAACCCACCUAUUCAACGACGUCAUCCCGUUCCUCUCCUCACGUCCCCGUCUCCGUAUACGUCGAUUCGCGUAAACAGCCGCCACCACCGGGACCAGGCGUGACGCGUGAAUACGCCAUCGUAACGAUCAUUCCCGGAAAGGAACCAUCACUUGAUGGGGAGUAUUCCGAUGAGGAUUGGUUACUUUACGAGUAUUCCUCUUCUGGUGAACACUCCAGUGCUGCGGAUGAUGACGACGAUAGCGAGGAGGACAGUUCUGGUUCUGGUUCCUCGUUGGAUUCCGAGUCUGAAGGUGAUUCGGUUAGUGCGCGGACACCUAGGAGUAGUGCUAGUAUGACACCGCGUCAGACACGAACACGAACAUCAACUCCAGCUCAAUCGGAAGCACAAGCACAAGCACCAGCAACACCAAAGCGAUCUAAAACUAAAAUCCCUCGAGCACCCAGUCGUACGCCCCUUUUCCCCGUAGCGACUAAAUCCCGAAAGAGAGCUUCUUUAAAGGAAGCUCAUCGGAGGCGAUUUGGAGCGUUGUUCCCUUUGGAGAAGGAUAGUGUCGAGGAGAAGGAAGCGUUGAGAGAAGGUGGGACGUUGGCUGAGUAUGUGGGUUUGGUGACGUGUAGGAUCGAUCGAUGCGUUCCUUCGAGGAAGAAGAGCAAGACGAAAGGGAGGAAAGAUCGGCGGGGUCCUCCAAGUCCUGAACGUCGGGAGUUGUCGUCAUCGAGUGAGAACGAGAACGAGAGCCGAGUUGUUACGGACCGUGAGAGGUCUGCGGAAUUCUGUUCAUGUUCCGCUUCGUCAUUGGAAUCGUCGUCUGGAACGACGUCAGCUUCUCGAUCGUCAACGUCUCCUACGACAACUGCCGAUUCGAUCUUUUCACCUGUUCCUUCACUAUCUACGUCCCCAUCGACUCUAUGUCCAUCCUCCCCGUCCUCCUGUCGUUCCACUGCAUCUACUGUCUGUCCGACUUCGUCUUCCAGUCCUGCUCGAUUGAGAUCUCCUCGAAAGUCCAACAAAGCAUCCAAAACUCCAUCUUCUACUUACUUCUAUCCACCACCACCACCCUCCGUACCUGUCGACGCGUAUUCAUGUCCACUUGUGUUGGGGAUGUUGGAGAUGUAUAUUGCAGAGUCGGAAACGAAAGCGAGAGUCGAGACUGAGAAGGCUGAGAAGGAGGAAGAGGAGUUUCAGAGGAGUUUGAUGGUUGCAAGAGAGAUCGAGGAGAAGAGGAGGGAGAAGGCUGAAGCUAAGGAGAGAGAGAAGCCCCGUUCGGUGUCUACGCCGAGAAGGAGGGGGAGCGUGAACGGGAAGUGGGUCCUGUUGGGAAACGUGGAUGGUCUUUCCAACGAGGAGUGUUUGAGCUUCGAUGCAUCCUCGUCGCCGUUUGACGACGACGACGACGAUGAUGAUGAUAAGAAGGAUGCGGCGGAGUUAUGCUCGUCGUGCAAAUCCAAAUUGGGUCCGACGAUUCACCGACCUCAACCUAUCAUGACGGCUUACGGCUAUCGAGCCAAGAGCGAACACAUCAAAGCUAUUUUCUCGUCCCCUUCCAAAGAUGAUCUUCAACCUAUCAGUCUGUGGAGGAGGAGAGGCACUACUACUACUACUAAAGCUGGUGGUGAGAAGAAAUGUCGUAGAACGGAGGGCGAUGGAGUUCCGCCGAGCUGUGUCGAGUUUGAGACGUAUUGGACGCCUCAACGACCUUCGAGGAGGAAAAGGAGUGGGAGUUUCACGGGUGUCACCACGUUGAUGGAUGAUGUUGUUUUUGUUCCUUCCGUCGUCGUCGGCAGUGGUGGCGGGAGGUCAAGAUCUCCUGACCUUAAUAAGAAGAAAACAUCGAUGGAUGGUCUCGGUGGCGCUGGGAAUUCAUCGUCUGUGGUAGUGGCGGCGACGGCGGCGGUGACCUCUUUAGACUUGGAUGGGCGUCUUGGUGUGGAGGAUUCGGUGAUCGAUGACGAAGACGAUUCGGAUGAGUUGGUGGACGAUUUUACGAUCCUUACGGUUCCACCGCGAGGUCGAUCCCCUUCUCGAUACUAUUACUUGACAUCGUCAUCAGCAGCGAAUCCUACCAAUUCUCAAACCACUUCUACUUCUACUUCUACUUCCUCCCCCUCUCCUUCUUCUCCUUCUUCCACCUCGUCCCACUCGUCGUCAGCACCACCUCGAUUACCAUCGCCACCACCACCAGCUCAAUCCCACCUCCCUACGCGAAAACGUUCGAUAGCGGAUCAGAGGUUCUUUAGGGUGUACGCGUUGGAGAACAGCAUUCGAAUGAAGGCGAGUGCGGAUGGAGUCGAGUUGGAAUGGUAUGGUAGUAGGGCCAUUACGAUGUGUAAACCUUUGAAGGUCGUUUGUUCGACGGAACGGGCGGAAAGUCCUUUGAAGAUUAUCUGUGCUGCUGAGGACGUUUGAGCGGUUUUUUUUUUUCAAGCGUCCAAGGGUAGGGGGGGGGCAUUGUGUGUGUGAGGGCUACUUGGUGCGCAACACGUAAAUGGAUUUUUCCCAUUUUUUUUUCUUCCUUUGUUUUUU